CCUCUGUACAAAUUUCGGUCGCCAUAUCAAUAGGCAAACACGGAAUAUUCUCGUACGUUCCACCGCAGCUAAGAAAUAGGAUAAUCGCCGGAGAAUUCGUACGGCGGCGAUCUCACAUUCGGCAAUGGAGUCUCAUGGCUCCAGACUCCGCCGCGUAUUGCUCCUGGCAUUUUGUAUCUCCGGGAUUUGGUCGGCUUAUAUUUAUCAAGGCGUCCUGCAAGAAACUCUGUCGACGAAGAGGUUCGGUCUUGAUGGAAAGAGGUUUGAGCACUUGGCUUUCUUAAAUCUUGCUCAAAGUGUGGUGUGCUUGAUAUGGUCAUUUAUGAUGAUAAUGAUUUGGUCGGAUGGUGGAAAGAGUGGUGCUCCAUGGUGGAGCUACUGGAGUGCUGGCAUUACUAAUACAAUUGGACCAGCCAUGGGAAUUGAAGCACUCAAGUACAUUAGUUAUCCCGCUCAGGUUCUGGCAAAAUCCUCAAAAAUGAUUCCAGUGAUGCUGAUGGGUGCACUAGUUUAUGGGAUCAAAUAUACCGUCCCUGAGUACGUUUGCUCACUUCUAGUUGCCGGUGGUGUAUCGCUUUUUGCACUUUCUAAGACUAGCUCAAAGACAAUUAGCAAAUUAGCACACCCUAACGCCCCACUAGGAUAUGGGCUUUGUUUUCUGAACCUGGCUUUCGAUGGAUUCACUAAUGCUACUCAAGAUUCAAUUACGGCCAGGUAUCCUAAAACAAACGCUUGGAACAUGAUGAUGGGAAUGAACUUAUGGGGCACCAUCUAUAAUCUGGUAUUCAUGUUCGGGUGGCCAGGUGCCAUUGGCUACGACGCAGUUCAGUUCUGCCAGAAGAAUCCAGAAGCAGCAUGGGAUAUUUUUCUCUAUUGUCUAUGUGGUGCAGUAGGCCAAAAUUUCAUAUUCCUAACCAUCAGCCGGUUUGGCUCUUUGACCAACACCACGAUAACCACAACCCGUAAGUUUGUGAGCAUAGUUGUGUCUUCCCUGUUGAGCGGAAACCCCCUUUCUGAGAAGCAAUGGACGAGUGUAGUCAUGGUUUUCUCCGGAUUAUCGUACCAGAUAUACCUCAAAUGGAAGAGGGCGCAGAGAAUGCAGAAGAAGAGGAGGUCCACAUAAACAACUCAUGGAUCAUGUUACUAUGAUAUGAGGCGAUUUUGUUUCCUUUUUGAGUAGUGAGAUAUGUAGGGAUUAUUUCUUCCUUCUGAUUAGAUAUUGUCAGAGCAUAGGAAAGCCGAAUUUACAAAAUGUAAUGUCAAACGCAAUUCUUAGUCAACUUUUUAUAAAUUCAAACAUUGUUUAGCAAA